CGCGAACUCUCGCGAAAAAGAAGGAGGCUGAAGUUUGUUGAAUUUUCAUAGGUUGUGUGCAACCUGAUCUGCUGAGCUGCGCCUCUCUUUCCCCGACCUCCAAGCAACAAGAACACACACAAGCACAACAGGGCAACGGUGCGCUGCGCGUGUUCCGGAACAACGUGCUAGCCCGCUGGAACUGUCUUCCGGGGAGGAGGAAUCUGCGCAGUCUCAUUUCCUUUUCCUACUUCUGCGAUACUCCGCCUGAAUUUUCCGCCACCGCGCCUCCUGCUUCGAACCGAGCUUGCAUUUCGUCACCACAGAAUCAGCCGUCUCUGAUCGGCCACCAUGUCCGAAUUUCUCGGAUCUAGGAUAUCUCUCAUAUCGCGGAGCGACAUUCGAUAUGUCGGCAUCCUGCACAGCAUCAACUCGGAUGACUCGACCGUUUCCCUCGAGAACGUGCGGUCCUUCGGCACCGAGGAUCGGAAGCACAAUCCCGACGAAUACGUCCCGCCGUCGGACCAGCUCUACGAAUACAUCGUAUUCCGCGGCACCGAUGUCAAGGACCUGAGGAUUGAAGAAGGCCCCGCGCCCGUGAAGGAAGAGAAGCCACCCGCCGUGCCGAACGAUCCCGCGAUUCUUGGAGCCCGACCCCGACACAACAAUGUCGCUCCAGGACCCCCAGGUCCCCCCGGUCCUCCUGGCCCUCAAGGCCCGCAAGGUCCCAUUGGCCACCCGGGUCCUCAGAACCAGCAGGGCCCGCCGCCCGGCGCGCCGGGUUUCGGUUACUUUCCCCCGCCACCCAUGGGAGGAGGCUGGGGCCGCGCCGGCGGCCCUGGUCCUGCGCCGUUCGGUGGCAUGCCUUAUCCGCCCCCGGGUUGGUUUCCGCCGGGCCAGGAAUUCCCGCCCAUGGGCCACAAUCCUUGGAACCCCUAUCAAUUUCAGCACGGCCCUGGUGGUCAUCCAGGUGCACCCGGUGGCCCAGGCGGUCAGGCUGCUGCUGGAGCUCCGGCGGCCCCCGGCGCUCCCGGACAAGGUCGUCAAUCCGCAAACCAGACCCCGAGCAAUCAGGGACCUACGCAAAAGCCGGCGCCGAUUGGGCCUUCGGCAGAUAAGAAGCCGGUGACACCCUCCCAACAAGCGGGGCUCGCCCCUCAACCCAAGCCAGUCAGCCAGGCGCCCAACCAGCCGGCCGCGGCGCCUGCACCGCCCCCGCCCGUAGACUCGAAACCGACAGUGGAGGAAGUCAAGGCGACAGCCGCAUCGCUGGCCAGCCACGCUCCGACUCAGGCAACACGGGAGCCAGCCAAGACCAUCCCUACGGGGCCGAAGAGCAGCCGCCCCGCACAGAUCCUGCCUGCAGUGCCUCUGCCGGCUGCUCUCACCGCCAAGGCCGCUCAGGCUCCUCAAGCUACGCCCAAGCCGGCUCCCGAGAAGACCAAUGCUGCGGCCGCUGCUGCCGCUUUGAGGGACGCCACCCAAGCUGCGAAGGAAGCUGUGGCGGUUGCCAUGGCCAGACUCGACAACUCGGCUACGUUGCAGCAGGCCGAGGCAAACGGUGUCGACAACCUGACCAAGAAGGUGGAGGAAAUGAGGUUCAACGCCCCUCGUGCGAGCCAGCAAGCGAACCGCGGCACCCGGGGUCGCGGCUCCCGUGCUCCCGCCAAGGUCGAGGUCCCGGACACCGACUUCGACUUCGCGUCGGCCAAUGCCAAGUUUAACAAGCAGGACAUCGCCAAGGAGGCCAUCGCGGGGUCGCCGCUCACGGAAGGGCAAUCGGGCGAGGUGAUCACGCCCGAGUCCGCGGCCGAUGCGCCCGCGCCGGUCGAGCCGGCGUACAACAAGGCCAAGUCGUUCUUCGACAACAUCUCGAGCGAGAUGAAGGACCGCGAGCACGCCGGGCAGAAGCUCGGCGGCCGCGAGUGGCGCGGCGAGGAGACGCGCAAGAACAUCGAGACCUUCGGCCAGAGCAGCGUCGACGGAGGCUACCGCAGCUACCGCGGCGGACGCGGGCGCGGCCGUGGCGGUCGGGGCCGCGGCUUCCGUGGUGGGCGCGGCAGCGGCGGCGGCGGCGGCGGUGGUCAUGGCGGCUACCGCCCGCGCGAGGCCCAGCCCACGGCGCAGUAAAUCUGCACCCCUCCUCCUACUACCUCUCCCUCUCGGACUCAGUCACGAGAGAGAAUGAGAUUUGAUACAGCCAACCCCGUCUACCUUGCCCGAUCGAUCGCCCGACAUAACCCGCGGAAGUUUGUUGGAAUGUAUGAGUAGUCACUGCCUCUGGACUUUGGGGACAUACUGGGCCUUCUUUUUUUCCGCCCUCCCGUUUUUCAACUACCUACCAGCGGCGGUUCGGAGGCCGGUCUUAGGUACCUACCUAGGUAGUUAGG